AUGGGCUGUCAAACUAAAGAAGUGAAAACAGAGAUAGAGAUACCAAACGGUGAGGAGGAGAGAGAGAGAGACGCCCAAGGACAUAUAUCUCUAGAGCUUGGAGGCCUGGAUGACGCGUCUGUGGUGUCCGACCUCGUGACUCAUGAUAUUAGCCAGUAUUUUGGUGGAGGCAGGAUUGGCAGACAUAAGCAGACUUCUGAUUUACCCACUGAAGCUGAACUGGAUAAUAUUAAAAAUAUGAAAAAGUGGGUGACCCAAGGUACAGAACUAUUCAACCAGAAACCGGAGCGUGGCAUAGAGUUUCUACAGGAGCACGGAGUCCUGAGUACACCUCUAGAGCCUCACCAAGUCGCCAUUUUCCUUAGAGAGAAUCCUGAUCUAGACAAAAAGAUGAUUGGCGAGUACAUCUGCAAGCGCUCGUCCCGCGGCGAGGACGAGGAAGGCGGCCCCAGCGUGCUGGGCGCCUUCGCCGACAGCUUCGACUACGCGGGGCUGCGCAUCGACCAGGCGCUGCGCCUCUACCUCGAGACCUUCCGCCUGCCCGGCGAGGCGCCGCUCAUCUUCCUCGUCAUGGAGAGGUUCGCCGAGAGGUGGCAUACAACAAAUGGGGAACCAUUCGCGAACACAGAUGCGGCGUUCCGUCUCGCUUACGCUGUGAUAAUGCUGAACAUGGACCAACACAACCACAACGCCAAGAAACUCAACGUCCCCAUGACUGUUGAGGACUUUGUCAAGAAUCUACGAGGAUGUAAUGGAUCUGGUGACUUCGACCAGGCCAUGCUGGAAGCUGUGUUCCAUUCUAUCAAGAACGAGGAGAUGGUGAUGCCGGCGGAGCGCGUGGGCGCGGUGCGCGACGCGUACCUGUGGCGCGUGCUGCAGCGCCGGGGCGGAGCGCCCGCCGCGCUCUACCGCUCCGUGCUGCCCGCGCACCCCAUACACGCCAGGCUCUUCGCCGUGUGCUGCCCGCCCACCGUGACAGCGCUGUCGGCUGCUUUCGAGCGCGCCCCGCCCCCCACGGCCGAGGAGCUGGAAGCGGUGGGAGGGGCAGGCGCUGGGGACGGGGCGAGCGCUGUGGCGGCGCGGCUGGGCAUGGAGCGCUGCGCCGCGCUGGUGGCGCGCCUGCCCGCGCUGCCGCCCGACGCCAUCUCCAUCGACACCAUCCUGCUCACGCUGUGCAAGUUCACCGGCCUGCUGGCGCCGCAGCACGCCACCUACAUCGCCAUAGGCGUGUCGCUGGGCGGCGCGACGAAGGCGCAGCUGGCUCUGCGGCGCGCGUGCGCACUGGCGGCGCGCCACGCCGACUGCGUGCGCGACUCGUGGCGCCAUCUACUCGAGAUAAUCAAAACGCUCUACAUAGGCCGCCUGCUGCCCAAGUGCCUUGUAGAAGCUGAAGAUUACUUAGCACCUAACGGAACAGUAUCGCUAAUCAGAGAGGCUGCGAGAGGAUCAGAGGCGGGCUUACUAUCCAGCUUGUACUCUUACAUAGCACUCGGUGAAUCAGGUUUUUGUAUAUGUAUAUAUAGGGAUCGUCUGCUGAGCGUGUGGGAGGAGGCGGGCGGGCACAUGGCGCGGGUGCUGGCGUGGGCGGCGGGCGGCGGGGGCGCGGGGGGCGGGGUGGUGCGGCGGUGCGUGACGGCGCUGCUGCGUACUGCGGCGAGGCUCAUGCGCUGCGACGCCUGCGCACCCAGCGUGCUGCACCACCUCACGCUGCUGUUCCAGCUGCCCUACAAGCUCUUCUACCAGCAGGCCGAUGUCAUAUCGUGCGGCGUGUACGAGAUCGUGAAGACGUCUGCGCAGAACGUGCACAGCGCGGCGGAGUGGGACGUGCUGUUCGCGCUGCUGUGUGCCGCCGGCGCCGGCGCUUGGCCCAGCGACGCCGCGCACCACAGUCCUGCCGCAUCGAGCCGCUCUGAGGGCUCGGAGGACGAAAGCGACAGGCGACCGACAAGUGUCUCGUCUGAGAGCGAACUGUCGCACUCACCACAAACACAAGGGUGGAUACUGGUAAAGAAGGAGGGUGAAGGUCAGUCGGCGGCGGAGUGGGAGGGCUCGGUGAAGCUGCGUGCGGUCCGCGCCAGCGCUCUGUCCCGCUGCUGUGAGGCACUAGCGCUGGUGGUGCGCGACGUGGCCCACGUCACGCCCUACAACUGUCGAGCUGCUGUGCGCGCCGUCAGGCUCUUCGCCAGCGCCACGCUGCAGCAGCCGGCACAACACGGCAAGAAAUCAAGCAAAUCUCGUUCAGGUCGCAAGUCCAGGCCAAACUCUGGCCGCAGAAGGUACGACGACUCCAGCGAUGAGGAGUCCGACACACUCGACCAGUACCAUUUAGUAAGCAUACAGCUCCUAGAUCUGAUGCACACGCUACACAGCCGCGCGGCGCAGAUCUUCAAGUGGUGGCGGGACGAAGCCGACCAGGCGCCAAAUGCUGAAGAAUACGACUUAUGGGAAGUGGCAUGGAAGCCGUUACUGCAAGGAAUUGCACAGUUUUGUACGGACAGACGGAAACAGGUUGCGAACAGUGCUAUAGCAUACUUACAACGAGCCCUGCUGGUACCAGGGUUGUCAGCGAUGGGAGCAGGAGGCUGGGAGGCGUGCUUCCAGAGUGUUUUGUUCCCACUACUCGAACAGUUGCCCAGACGAGCCGAUACCACCGCUAGAGCUAAUACUAUUAUGUGCAAGGUGUUCCUGCAGCACCUGUCGGCGCUGAGCACGCGCGGCACGUUCGGCGCGGUGUGGGCGCGCGUGCUGGGCGUGCAGCGCGCGCUGCUGGCCGCGCCGCCCGACGACCCGCUCACAGAGGCCGCGCUCGAGUCGCUCAAGAACAUGAUCCUCGUCAUGGACUCCGUGCGGAUAUUCAGCAACGGGGACGGCUACAAUGAGCUCUGGUAUCUCACCUGGGACAAGAUCAGCGAAUUCCUGCCCAAUUUGAAGGAGGAACUUUUCCCACAAGUGAGAGACAACACCAACAGACCGCCACCGAACCUUCCAGGCCACAUGCAGCCGCAGUACCCGCCAUCUUUACCCACCCUGAUCCCCGUCGGACCUAACAGUACGCCAACAAUUGUACCUGUUCCCUCCCCACAGCACCAAUCCCACGCUAACGGCCCCCGUCUGGUCCCGGUACCGACACAAUCGCCAACAUUGGGCCAAAGCAAUGCUCAUUCGCCGGUAACGGUAGUUGAGACGCCACCGCUGGCCGCCAAUACGCCAACGUUGGUGGCUCCUACACCGAUCAGCGGUAUGGUGCCCAUACGGAACUCGCUGUACGACCAGACGGGCUUGACCUCUUCAGUCUUGCUACAACCUUUGAACGAGAUGAUUUCUACGCCGAUAGGCAUGUCUAUUCAAUCACAAAUACCGAUACUAUACCCGCAAACCGUUGACCAAACACCGCUAACGCCGCCCAGUAGACCGGAACCCCCGUGCUUAGACCAGCCCCGUGCCGACCCCCAGCGCGUGGAUCACACGGACACACCACUCGACAUAACUAUCGUACGUCCAGAAACGAAAGUCGAACAGAGUGAACUUUACGCAGAGUAUAUAACCAACCCCUACAAUGAACUUAAAGAUAUUUCAAAAGAAGCCACUCUAUACGAUCCUGAAAACCCUAAAAUCGCAGAGAAAAAUCCUUUAAUAUCACUCUUAGAUAAGAAAUCUUACAGCGCUAAUGCAACCCCUAUGCAUACUGUAAAUAAAACACAAUUUGGCUCAACCGAUAAUGUGAAACAAGAGUCAAUUUUUAACUUCUCGAGCUAUUUUGGUUCUGUGACUGAGAAUAUUGCUCCAGGGUCCGAAGUGUUCGACACGUUAAUGUCUACGCAGGAAGGAUAG